AGCUGGUGGAGACAGAGUACUCAGUGUAUACAGUCGGCUCAGCAGACAGUGAGAUUGAUUUAUAUGGAUCUGGUCUUCAUAUAAAUCAGAGCCCUACUGUUGAGGACCCUCUGCCUGCUUUAGGCCAGAUGCAGGAUAGCAGAAUAGUACAUCGUACCAGACUGGACUGUACCAUAUGUGUCCAGCGCAGUGACGAAGCUGUGAAGUUCUGCCAGGAUUGCAAGGCUACUUUCUGUGAGAACCAUGUUAGAGACCACUACCAGGUCCCAGGACUGAUGCAACACACUUUGGUGGAGGCCACUGAAGGAAGGAAAACCAUUCCAAAUGUAGAUGAUCACGUCCAUGAAACAUAUGUUGAAACAGAACAAACUGUGACUCAGGUCUGCUCAUGGAAAACAGCCUUCUUCGUCAGUCUUCUGGGGAUUCUCAUACUGGUACUUGCCCUGGUAGGACUUGUGUGUUAUGCAGACUUGUGUGUCACUGUCCAUGGGUCUGAGGUGGGAUUUCAGCAACGGAUUGUUCUGCUGGGGAAGACUGGAUCAGAGAAGAGAGCAUCAGGAAACACCAUCCUGGGAAGAGAGGCCUUUAAAGUGGAGGCUUCACCUUCGUAUGGGCCACAGUGUGAGGAACAAGAUGCUGUUGUGGGCCGAAAUAACAUAACUAUGAUUAACACCCCAGAUGUGUUGCCAUCUGAGGACGUUGCAGGUAAAGUAGCUCGAUGCAUCAACAUCUCAACACCUCACGUGUUCCUGCUGGUGAUCAGGUUGUGCAAUUGGUGCACAGAAGAGGAGAAGAAAACUGUCAAAUGGAUGAACGAGAACUUUGCGGAGGAGGCCCUUAAAUACACCAUUGUGCUGUUCACUGGUGGAGACCAGCUAGAAGGGAAACCAGUGGAGAAGUAUCUAAUGGACAACAGUGAUUCCCUAAAGCUUCUCAGUAUGUGUGGUGGUAGACAUCACGUCUUCAAUAACAAAGAAAAGAAUGACCUCACUCAGGUCACAGAGCUGCUGGAGAAGAUAGACGGAUUAUUGAAUGAGAAUAGGGGAUACUAUCAUGUGACAAACAUCUUGACCCGGAGGGACGAGGAGAGCAUGAGGAGGGAGGAGGCUCUGAGAAAGAUACUGGAACAGGAGGUUAGAAAGAGGGAUGCAGCCAUAGCAACGAUAAGAGAGGAGGAGGAGAAAAAGAGGGAUGCAGCCAUAGCAACGAUAAGAGAGGAGGAGGAGAAAAAGAGGGAUGCAGCCAUAGCAACGAUAAGAGAGGAGGAGGAGAAAAAGAGGGAUGCAGCCAUAGCAACGAUAAGAGAGGGGGAGGAGAAAAAGAGGGAUGCAGCCAUAGCAACGAUAAGAGAGGAGGAGGAGAAAAAGAGGGAGACUGAAGAGAGAAAAGUCUGUGAGGGGGAAGAUGAAGGGAGGAUGGUCAUUGAUAAUCUGGCAUUGAAAGUCUCAGGCUCAGAAAUGUAUGUUGGAGUAACAGUGAUCACAAUGAUCAUACUAAUUGUCCUUUAAUGAUACGAAACUGAAUAUUAGGGAGUCUCUUCAUUGGGUAUUCACAAUCAUCACCUGAACAUUAGGGAGUCUCUUCAUUUGGUAUUCACAAUCAUCUGAACAUUAGGGAGUCUCUUCAUUUGGUAUUCACAAUCAUCUGAACAUUAGGGAGUCUCUUCAUUUGGUAUUCACAAUCAUCUGAACAUUAGGGAGUCUCUUCAUUUGGUAUUCACAAU